AAGGUCUUGACUCGCAGGAUGAACGCCCUCCGAACUCUGUUUCUCUUGGUCGCCGGCCUCUCUGUGGCCCUGUCUACCAACAGCAAGGCGCUCAACCAGUUCAAGCAAAUGAUCCUGUGCACGAUGCCCAACAACAGCUCGCUGAUUUGGCAACUAACUGACUACGGCUGCUACUGUGGAUUGGGCGGCUCUGGCACGCCUGUGGACGAUCUGGACAGGUGCUGCCAAGUGCACGACAACUGCUAUGGUGAAGCCCAGAAGCUCAAGUGGUGCAGCCCUUACUUCCGGAUCUAUCGCUGGAGCUGUGACAAAGCCAACAAGACGAUCACCUGCGACGAGAACAACAAUGCAUGUAAGAUGUUCAUCUGUGAGUGUGACAGGAAGGCUGCCGAGUGUUUCGCCAGAUCGCCUUAUAACAACGAUCACUAUAACCUGCCCAGUGACCGAUGUCAGUAGAAGACUUCUGCAGUUAAUCGAACACAGGAUCCACUCUCACACACGACACACCCAUCACUGAGCUCUCAGGAGCAGCAGCUUGUUUCGUCCGCUCAUUGAAAUACUCACACUGACUUUGUACUGUCACAUUCUCAAGGUCAUGGUUUUCUUUUCUCCUUCUUUCUCUGUACUGCACCUCUAUUGUUAGCUGUGGAUCUGUAUCCUGACAAGAAACACCAGUAGAUCUGCAUCUCUCAUUAACUGAUGCACGGUUUUUCACGGGUAUGAUCCUAACUCAAGUUUCCAGUAGAGGGCGCGCUCAUCUAGCUCUUUCUUCCCUUGCUUGCAGAAAGUAGUUUACAGACUGUAGACUUUAAUAUUGGCAAUUUAUCAAAUUAUACAAAUGCUUGCAGUACUCAAUAAAGAAGAUAAAAA